CGACGGUUGACUCAGCCGAAUUAAUCUCAGCCGUUUGUUACUGUACACAACAGUGGCGAAGAAAUUGUUGACUUGAAGAAGAAGAAGCGACUCGAGCCAAUUGAAUCGCGGAGCUUGGUAUGGCGGACCUCUUCUGAUUCAUCAUUUCCUGCGAGAUCGAAGCUUUAUUUUCUGAAGCUUUGAUCCCAACAAUCACUAUAGUCUAGAACACCAAUACAUACAUACAAAUGGCCAAAUUUUCCUGCGAUUUCCGAUUCCUUCUUCUCGUCGCCGCAAUAGCAUUCAUCUACAUCCAGAUGCGGCUUUUUGCUACACAAUCAGAAUAUGCCGAUCGGCUUGCUGCUGCAGUCGAAUCAGAAAAUCAUUGUACAAGUCAAAUGCGAUUGCUAAUUGAUCAGAUAAGCAUGCAACAAGGACAAAUUGUUGCUCAAGAAGGUGUCCUAUUUCUAAGAAAGGAAGCAAAAAGACCAGGAGUGCGAGCAAUUGAGAGCACUUGUUCAAGAUCUUCGAAGUAUGUCCUCACCAGCAAAAGGAAAGACCUUGAAAAAAUGAUUGACAAAGUACAGGUGCCAGUGGCAGCCAUAGUGGUUAUGGCUUGCAAUCGUGCUGAUUAUCUGGAAAGGACUAUCAGAUCAAUCUUAAAAUACCAAAGUGCUGUGGCUUCAAGGUAUCCUCUUUUCGUAUCCCAGGAUGGGUCAAAUCAGGAUGUCAGAAAUAAGGCUUUGAGCUACGAGCAGCUCACUUAUAUGCAGCACUUGGAUUAUGAACCAGUCCAUACUGAAAGGCCUGGGGAGUUGAUUGCAUACUACAAGAUUGCGCGUCACUAUAAAUGGGCAUUGGACCAAUUGUUUUACAAACAUAAUUUUAGCCGAGUUAUCAUACUUGAAGAUGAUAUGGAAAUCGCCCGCGAUUUUUUUGACUAUUUUGAGGCUGCAGCCGUACUACUUGAUAGUGAUAAGUCCAUUAUGGCUGUUUCCUCAUGGAAUGACAAUGGACAAAAGCAGUUUGUGCAGGAUCCUUAUAUACUUUACCGUUCAGAUUUUUUUCCCGGUCUAGGAUGGAUGCUGUCUAAAACUACAUGGGAUGAACUGUCUCCAAAGUGGCCAAAGGCUUACUGGGAUGAUUGGUUGAGGUUGAAAGAAAAUCACAAAGGCCGACAGUUUAUUCGUCCAGAAGUUUGCAGAACAUAUAAUUUUGGCGAGCAUGGUUCUAGUUUGGGGCAGUUUUUCAAACAAUAUCUUGAACCUAUAAAGCUGAAUGAUGUCCAGGUCGAUUGGAAAAGAAUGGAUCUGAGCUACCUGAUGGAGGACAAGUAUGUGAAGCACUUUGCUGACAUGGUUAAAAAUGCAAAACCCAUAUAUGGAACUGAUGCUGUUCUGAAGGCAAAUAACAUAGAUGGUGAUCUGCGUAUUCAGUACAAAGACCAGGCUGAUUUUGAACGCAUUGCACUUCAAUUUGGCAUUUUUGAAGAGUGGAAGGAUGGUGUACCAAGGACUGCAUAUAAAGGAGUAGUAGUUUUCCGAUACCAAACUCGACGUGUAUUCCUUGUUGGCCCUGAAUCUCUCCAACUGCUUGGAAUUGAACAUGAUUAAAUACCGAAUGAGAAUUUGUAAAAGGAAAUAGCUGUCAAUCCAGACUUUUGAGUGAGGCUUGCGUGGAAAAUGGUUUUGAUGCACAGGGCCAAAGUCACGCAUUGAUCACAGCAUCCAAUACCAGAUAAAGGCUUGACCUUACAGUUUGAGUUUGUUGACGAUAAAGGCUUUUUACAUCAUCACAUGAAAAACAAACAUAUUAUUGCAACAGAUGGCAUAUCUUUGUGCUCUUCAAGUUGUUAUUCUGAUAGGUAUAUGUGCUGGUCUAUUGCGAAGAUAAGCAAGAAAAGGAACGAGUUUUUCUAGGUCAUUUACAUGAUGUUAGUUUGCUAUAAUCAUUGGUCUUCAACUGGUACCUUCAAAUUGAGCAUGUAACUUUGGUUCUUAAUAUAUGAGAUCUUCAGAAAUUUUACUUA